GCGAGUGAAAUAGCGAUUCCUCUUUACAAUAAAAAAAGAGGCAAACAUCGAAUUAAUAAGAUAAGUGGAAGUUCAUGAUUUAGAAAAGGUCCUCAAAUCGCCAGAACUUUCAUAAAUCGGUGACGUAGCACGAAUGCUGAAUACUUUAUUUCAGUGCACUUUGCUUCCCAAUCGAUCGUGUUCAUUUCGAGAGUGACCGCACUCACUGAUGGAGCAGAGAGCUCUCGAUUCGAGAGCAAGCAAAAGUAACCCAUCGAAUAAAUACACAGACUGCUGCUUACCAAUUCGGACGACAGUGGGAAAAAGAUGGGAAGAAAACUACGAACCAUCACAGCCAUCACAGAAGCAGAGAGAAGAGAGCUCAAGCAGCAGCAGUAGUAGGAAAAGGCAAAUACUUUGACAAGAGCGACGUCGGCGACAACGUUUUUCGACUGCAAAGUUCUACGAGUGCUACACUACACAUCUUGUCGACGUUCUGGCGAUUUUCUGUACCAAACGAAAAUCUUGAAAUUCUUCAUCUAUCUAAUUGGAAUUGAUCGCCGCCAGUGUUUUGCGUGCUUAUUCUCAAGUGUGAAGCAUCGACCAAAGUUUAGUUGUUCCUAAUAUCGGCCUGCAGAAAACGGGAUUUUCUCUUCGGUCUGACACAAAUGACAGCAAAAAUUUAGGUGUGUUUCGCUGGCCGAAGCAGGCAGAGAUAGAAGGAAAAAUCGCGACAUCAAUUUUGCAGAAGAAUCGGAGCCAAGUGGCGACGCGGAGGUCGGUCUCACAUUGGAAAAAGUUUCAGUGCUCUUUCGGGAGGCUGUUCGUAGGCAAAAGUGAAUUACGAUUGAUUUUCCUCUUUGGUCGGAAACUUUCCAAGCAAAAUAAAAUUUCCCCCUCGAUGGCAGCCGCAACGCAAUCAGUGGAUCAAUGGAUAAUCUUGGGAGGAGAGAAUGAUAUUUAAAGAUUCAUACAUUUUUAAAUCACCGCAACUGAUAGUGAAUGCUGCAUCUUGUGCACAAGAAGAUGUGUGAAACAGCGAACAUAGCAAAAAACGAGAGUACCGUACCGUCAUCGUCAGCAUCAUCAUCAUCAGCACCAUCAUUAUCGCCGUCGUCAUCAACAGCUUCUUCGGCUUCAACAUCAGCAAAAUACUAACAGUAGCUGGAACUGCAUCAGCGCCGAUCGACCGAGCCAGUUUGUAUAGAGACGUGUGAAGUGUGUAUGCAUAUAGGUAUGGUGUGAGGUGUGUUUUGUCAGUGAGGGUGUGGUAGACACAGAGCGAAAGGUUCCGAAAUUGUAUGCUUGCUAGGGGAAGUGAAGUGUAGAAGCUGGGUUCAGCCGUGGAGGGGUUACAAGAAAGUGUUGGAGUAGUGCGGAAGGAUCAAAGAAAGGUGUUCUUGCGAGCACAGAACCACGCUAGAGAGCGAGUAGAGCGGUGUUUUCUGUUCUGUUCGCAGCAUAAUACACUGGCCUGGCCGGCAAGGCAACCGCAAAGGUCGCCCGAAAAAAGGAAGAAAAAAAACGGUUCGGAAGUGUUUUUGGGUUUAGAGCUUGUACAACAUCUCAUUAAUCACUGCGAUCGAAGGAAUGCUAGGAAAACACCCAGCAAAGUGGAGUUUUUAGUAGGAUUCAGCGAAGGAACUUUUUGGAAUUGAAUGCUGCAAUUUUACGGAUGCCUUGCCUGCCGCCAUUGGAAGUGAAGUGUCUGAAUUGAUAAGCUUUCCGGCCGAUUCGAGCCAACGAACAACGUCUUAAUCGUUCAGAACAGCCGAAGGGAUAAAAAAGUGCAGCCGGCAGCCUCACCUCUCCCAACAACGAUUUCGCAACGAAGAACAGACUGCGCUAGGAAUAUAGGCCUUCCAUCUACCCCCAUCCUCCUCUUCGAUGUGCGAACGCGUGUGAUGGAGGCCUGCCAUCCAUAGAUAGGACUCAAUAGGUCACAGCGCGCGGCGGUAACAACGACGACGGCUACAAGACGACGAUCCGUAAUAGUGGCAAAACGGUGAAUGCCGAAAACACAUCUAAUCUAUGUGGUUCUCUUCCUUGGUACUCUAACACACACUCAAAUACGCUAGCUGGUGAAGUACCUUGCGGCAAGGUUGGUUGUGUAACCGGACAAAAAAAAACCGUUUCCUAAAGUCACGUUCCGGGUGAAAAAGGGUGGAUUUUUUCCGAAGCCGAUCGUCCCUCGCCCUCACAUCUCUGGUAGCGUAAAGUGAAUGAAACGAAGAAGAGAGUAGCGAACAGAGAACGAGCGAUAGGUUAAUUAUAGUGGCACUUAUUUAUCCGGAAGCGGCGCUUAUCUAGUAACGAAAUUGUCAAUUGAGACAAAGUGUUUCGUAUCGCAGGAAGAUAGAAGAAAAGUUAACCUAGUAGUGGUAGUCCUAGGCAGAGUAAUUGUGUCGAUACCGGAAGUAGGAUGCGCUUGUCGGUGGAAUUUCGUUGUUGACAAAUGCUCCGGGGUCACUAUCUGUCGGUAUCAAGGCUGCGGUAAAAGCGCACUAUCUGGAACAGAUUUUUACGAAUUUUUGUUUGCUUGUUUCUUUUGUGUGCUGCAAUGCGAUAGUGAUGUGUAUCUCUUUGAAGAAGAGAAAGAUUUGAUGGGUACGAUUUUGGUCGGUGAGUAAGCGGUGAGGCGUACUCGAGUGCAAUAGAAGUUUAGUUUAUAGGGUGUUGUUACGUGUGUUGAAACGUAAUUAUUGAACACUGGAAAAAUAACCAUCAUCAAUGCAUAGUGAGGAUGAACUAAUUGCCCGUACUCACAAGCAGCAAACGACGCAACAAAUCACGACCGUUACGAAGGUCGUGCGCGAGGUGAAACAGUUAGGACCGGAUGGACAGCCCUUCGAUUAUGUAGCAAUGCCACUCGACAUGGGACCCGAUGGACAACCGCUCGACUACGUGCCGAUGCCGAUGGGAAUCUACACGACCAGGUCGCAAUAUAUGAACUAUAAUCACUUGGACCAGCAGGAACAACUGGCCGCAGCUGCGUCGCAGUCCCAUCUGCAGGGGCCCGGAGCCAAGGGAAUGGGAGGACCGAACGAAAAAGGACAGUACCAGCCACACUAUCAGGAUUACGAACACUACUCACAGUAUGCAGAUUCUGCCUACGACCCAUCCGGAGUUCAUCAUCCUCCCCACCCACAGUCCUACCUCGGAGAGUAUCAGAUAAACGAUCGUUCGACGCCACACAAUUCGAGCGAAAACAGCGAAUCAUCGAUACCCCUUCCGAUGAAUGUGCCUCAGAUGGGCAAUCCAUCUGCAAAUUUGCUUCCACCGGGUUAUCUACAGGGUCAGUACGACGAAAUGGGUGAGUACGUUAUAGCCCCGUCUCCCGGUGGGCCCGUAGAUCGCCUCUACCCUGACAACCCAUCCGCUAUGGUGUACGGUUACGUAUCAACUCCUCCCUACGGAACGAUCAGUUCCCACGGUCAUCUCGACCCAACCGGCGCUAACGAACCUACGUAUGCCACAAAGCAGCUUGCCUACGAAGCUGCAGCCAGUGCAAAUCAGCGAGGUGUCGUUCCACCGGAAGGUGCUUGCUACUACGAUGGUGAUGACGAUCUCCCGCAGCAUAUGUCGAAUCUGCAAAUCCACAAUCAUGUCUUUCUGCAGCACCACAUUAUAACCUCACCAGGAGGAAAUAAUCGAUCAGCUGGCAAUGGUCCACCUGAUGGCCCCGAUCUAGACGAUCAACGCCAGAUGAAAUGGCGAGAUCCAAAUUUAACCGAAGUAAUCGGUUUCCUUAGUCAUCCCAACAACGCCAUUAAAGCCAACGCCGCAGCGUACCUGCAGCAUCUUUGCUACAUGGACGAUCCCAACAAACAGCGAACUCGAACUCUCGGCGGUGUUCCGCCACUGGUCAAACUGCUGGGCCAUGAACACACCGACGUUUAUCGGAAUGCCUGUGGUGCUCUGCGAAAUCUUUCAUACGGUCGUCAAAAUGACGAGAACAAGCGUGCAAUAAACAACGCCGGAGGAAUUCAGGCGCUCAUCCAUUUGCUGCGAAGAACAUCCGAAUCGGACAUUAAGGAGCUGGUAACCGGCAUCAUCUGGAACAUGUCCUCCUGCGAAGAUCUGAAGCGAUUCAUCAUCGAUGAUGCCAUCCUAGUGAUCGUGUCGUACAUCAUCAUUCCGCACUCGGGUUGGGAUCCCACCAAUCCGGGCGAAACCUGCUGGAGUACGGUGUUCCGAAAUGCCUCUGGAAUCCUGCGAAAUGUAAGUUCAGCCGGUGAGUACGCGCGGAAAAAGCUACGCGAGUGCGAAGGCCUAGUCGAUUCGCUGCUUUACGUGAUACGGAUAGCGAUCGAAAAAUCCAACAUCGGAAACAAAAUCGUCGAAAACUGUGUGUGUAUACUGCGCAAUCUUUCCUACCGCUGCCAGGAGGUGGAGGACCCGAACUACGACAAGAAUCCCAUUCCGCACCAUAGCAGCGCGGACGGGACGUCGCACGGUAGUGCAAUAGUGAGUGCAGCUUCGUCCAAGGGCGAAAACCUAGGCUGCUUCGGAGCGAGUAAGAAGAAAAAAGAGCAGCAAGCGGCGGCGGUUGCAGCCCAACAAGCCGCUGAACCGAAGGAUCACUCCACCGCUAACGGAGAUCCGGCGAGGAUGGCGUAUAAAAAUACUGCACAUUAUAAAGGAGCUGAGCAACUGUGGCAGCCCGACGUUGUACAUUCCUAUCUUGCCUUACUGCAGAGUUGCUCGAAUCCGGAAACACUGGAAGCAGCGGCCGGAGCGUUGCAGAAUCUGGCUGCCUGCUAUUGGCAGCCGAGUAUAGAAAUUCGCGCUACCGUACGGAAGGAGAAGGGCCUUCCCAUCCUCGUUGAGCUGCUGCGGAUGGAGGUUGAUCGAGUGGUGUGUGCGGUAGCGACGGCCCUUCGAAAUUUAGCUAUUGACCAAAGAAAUAAAGAAUUGAUUGGCAAGUACGCGAUGCGAGAUUUGGUCCAAAAGUUACCCUCGGGGAAUCCACAGUGUGAUCAGGGUACCUCGGACGACACGAUUGCAGCCGUGCUGGCCACGCUCAAUGAAGUGAUUAAAAAGAAUGCCGAGUUUGCUCGAUCCUUGCUGGAAGCCGGGGGAGUUGAACGGUUAAUGAACAUGACCAGACAGCGGCUAAAAUACACCCCCCGGGUGCUGAAGUUUGCCGGUCAGUUGCUAUUCACGAUGUGGCAGCAUCAGGAGCUGAGGGACACCUAUAAGAAACAUGGUUGGAAGGAGCAGGACUUUGUGACUAAAACGAUCGCAUCACGGAAUGUGAACAGCAGUAACGGGGGCAACUACAGCGACAACUCGCCAAAUUCACCCAACAACACACUGAACCGUCCGAUGGCAUCCCAGAGCGGUACCAGAUACGAAGAUCGUACCAUGAAGCGCCAGCAAACGGCGAACAAUGGCGGCCAGGCCAUGUCGCUGCCACCCAGUGAUGGUACGCUCAAAAUGGGCAGAUGAAUCUACCAAGCACAAUCCGACUUAUCAGGGUAGCCAGAAAAAGUAGUGAAAACUUGACGUUUCAACAAUUAUAACUUGAAAACAGGUAUUUGAUGCCACCUGGUGGAGUUCGGUGGAAUCUUUUGUGUUGUGGGCGACAAAGCAAAACCCAAUUUUACACCCAGAAAGACACGUGGUUUCCUAGCUAAAAUGUGUAUAGUGUAGUGCGCGACUAGCAGAAUAAUAGUCGUCCAGUAAAAAAACAGGAAACACAGAAAAACAAAAACACGAGUAUCACAUGUUUGUAGAGUAUAGCUUACAAAGUAAAUUAUUAUCCACUCUCAAAACAUCAAACAAUCUUAUUCGACAGAGCUCUUAGAAACUGAAAUUGGAUAGUUCCCCCAUUCACUCAAGUAUCAAGUCACACUCACCCUUUCUAACGCUCAUACAAGUUUAGACCACUCCAACUCUAUCAUAAAGGCUGAAGGUGGAGGAAUGCGCUUUCGAAUUUGUAACACCACAAUCCCCCCUGAUUGCAGUUAAGUUUUAGGUCAGAAUUUUUUUAUGUUUACGUGUCUCCCCAGUUGACUGUUCUGAGAGAUCAGAUGGAAAGACGUUCCAGUGUCGAUCUGAAGAGUUUGAUCAAUACCGCCCAAGUAACAUGAACUAUAAAUGUGACUUGGACAAAAGCUAUGAUAAUGUUUUGAUUAAUGUCAUCGAGUGCAGGAUAGCUAUAACAAACUUGAAUCAGUGAGAUAGGUGAGAGUUAAACCUAGGGAUAAGUCUUCGCAGAUGAGAUUCCUAGGUCUGCUUCAUAACAGUUUCGACAGAUAGGCGAAUUCAGGGGAAAAACGAAAGCAAUCUUGUUGGUUCAGGCUAAUUGUUUCAAUUUUCAAACAUGAUAGCCAAAAGUGCAUUUCCUAAGAAAAAUGUUUUUCUAGCCAUGGCAUUUUACGCUUUCCAUCUGAUUCGACUGAUCCGAUCAACUGAUUCAUUCUACUAACCGUCUAUUAUAAUCCCUCACUCACAUCCUUCCUCCAGUGCACAUUCCCUGUGAAUUUCCCUUCGUUGAAAAAAUACCCAUUAGCACAUUGUAAACCGGGUCGAGACAUUGCAAUGCAAGGCAGUGACCACGUUGCCUAGCCAAGCGAAAGUGUAUAUGUAUCUACAUUUUAGUGCUCAGCGCAUUCGAUGAGGAACGCCCUCAAUAAACAUUAUCAAAUACUCAUCGCAUUCAUACAGCAGAACCCACACCCUAGGGCUGGUGAUUUUUCAGACCCUUUUACACAAAAUACAAACACAUGCCUACGAACACGCUCCUACAGAAAAUAAAACACACACACAUAGACUUCAAACGUAGUUUAAUAAUCGUUAAAGGGACUAGCUAAACAAUUCAGAUUCCUGUAUAAAAUAUUCUUAAGUAAUCUACAAACAAAACAUACAACCACAACCAUGUAAGGGAUUAUGAUAACUAGGUAAAACUUGAAAACGCUCAUUUAUUCAACUUUUUGAUAACAUGUACGACGCGAGGAAAUCAAGUGCGUUCAAAGAAUUUUAAAACAAAUACCAACAGUGUGUAGAAAGCACAUGAGAUCAAUUUGAUCAUUUUUUUCGAAAAAAAAACGAUUUUCCGCUAAAUAAGCAAGUAAGGAAACCAUCAACCAAGCAGGAAGUCAAACAGCAACAAAUUUUUAACCCUCGCUACUACCUUAUAUAUAUAUAGUGUAAACAAUUCAGUACUACGACGUGUAAUAGUUCAAACCAAUCACAUUACCGAACAAAGUAAAAGAAAAAAAAACAGAACAACAAAAAAUCAUCAAGAACCCUGGUCGCUCAAUCGAACAUCGCCGUGAGGAAUUUCGAGGUUGCUCGACCUUUUGUGGUGAGUAGAAAAUCCGACCAUUUUUUCAAGGAAACGAUUUUCUCACAACAGGUCUAACAAUCCGUUACUGUUAUGAGAGCACACACAGACACAAACAAACAUCCAAAACAUGACGAAAUGCAGAGCUGGGUUGUUAAAGGCAGCCAGGAAGUACAUCUAGUAAACGAACAAACAAAAAUCGCGUAUAAAUAAUAACACAUUCGAAGCCCGUAGAUUAGAGCAAAUUGAAAUAAUAAUUGUUAACGCAACUUAUAAAACCCAGUACAUAUAACAACUAAGAAACGUAUGUAAUAUGUAAACUUAACACGACAAAAAAAACAUACAAGUGGAAGGGUAAUACAUUUAUGGUCAAUUUUAUCAUAUAAAAAAAAAAAACAAGCAAGCAGACAUGUUAAACCACAAUAUAGAAAUCACCAUCAAGUCACGUUCGUUCAUUCACAAUAACUCUACACAACACAUGCUAUCCAACUGUCGCAUCUUAUGAGAGCACGCAUCUACUGACGCCCAUGGACACAGGCAGCAGUUGUACCACUAGGGACAAAAAUUCACCGCCUCCCCUCCAAGACAUAUUCACAGCCUGUUCAGUUCAAUAAUUUAGUCGCUUAGCAGAUCGUAAUCAUUCCAAUGGGGUAGCAAUUCUUGCCGGCCGUACCGAUCUCGCUGUCAAAAACAUAAACACACAUCUAACGUCACUCACGGUAUCUCAAUUGACUCUUCAUGAAAAACUAAAAAAAAAAUACAAUUCAUUAGGGUCAGCAUAUAAAAGAAAAAUCCGUUUCAUACAAAACAUGUUAAUCAAAAAGCUUUUUUUUGUACUGAUAUGAUGUUUUUGUAAUUGGUCAAGGAGCUCGACACAAAACUGAUUUGGAACGGAAAAAGACAUGAUUGUUAUUCGAUAGGGACAAACAAAAAAAAUUACGUGGCUCAGAGUCCACAGAAAACAUGAAAUGAAACCGCAAGCAGCAAGCCAGAGGCAGGAUAUUAAAUCGUUUAUGUUUAGCUCGUAGAUUGCUGAUCACGGCAUAUAGUAGGAAGGUUUGAAGCAUGCAAAAAAAAUGGAAAUUCAACACACUGGGUAUUCUCAACUAAUUAUUACAAUUAUUCGAAAUUAUAUUAUUACGCAGCAAAACAAAUAUACUAUCGAUAGAGGAGAACAAGGAAAACAGGAACGUGCAUGACUAAAAGUUAAAUGGAAAAACAAGUAGGCAAAUGAAAUUAAAACUACUGAAUGAAGAGCUGUGUGGCGCAGUGAAGAAUGGUAUGAUUAGUAAUACUUAAUCUAAAAAAAAAAACAAGGAAACAAACGUAUAUACAAACAAUUACACGUAAAUGUAUGUAUUCCAGGAAAAAAAAAAAAAAACAGAAAAACAAACCCACAACUAAUCGAACAGAAUGACGCGUAUAGUUGAAGAAAUUGGAUUCCAUGCUUAUUGUUUAUUUGAGAAAAAAAAACAGUAGAAUGAAACAGACUCUUCAUUACUAUUAAAGAGCCUUUAUUUAGUUUUAUAUAUUUACAUUUUAUUUUAUUGUAUUAUUUUAUACCUUGGAUUAAAAAAAUUACACACUGAUUCAUUAGUUAAGGAAUUAAAGGAAGGCAACAACAUAUUUUAAAAAUGAUAAGCAUACAUAAUUUUUGAAAUGCAAUAAAAGGUAAAUAAAUUAUUGAUAUUCAAAAAAUAAA